AUGACAACAUCUUCAUCAUCUGCUCUUUCACCUGAAGCAAAAGAAUUUGUACCAUUCGUUCAAAUUCCUUCGUCAACAACAACAAUUCCAUUAUACAUUAGUGAAAAUACUAUUGCAUCUGUUUAUUCAUCUGAACAACAACAAUUAGUUUAUCCAUUAAUAAAAGUUCCUGAAAUUGAAUUUCAUAUACAAUCAUCACAACAAUUUCAUAUUGAUUCAUGUUCAAAUAAUCAAACACAAACAUCAACAAAUACGAAUCCAUCACAAAUUGUUCUUUUACCAACAAAUACAUGUUAUCCCGAAACACAAAUACUUUAUCCAUCAAAUGAUCAAACAUCAACAUUUUAUCCAAUUGAUUAUACUGAACAAUCAUUAACAAAUUAUUCAUAUCAACAACCAAAAUCUAAUCGAAUCUCAUCAUUUCGUCAACAACGUGGUGGUGGUAUUAAUCAUGCAUCAUAUCAUUCGAAUAAUUAUCGAAAUAAUCAUUAUGAUCAACAAGACACAACAACUUUUAAUAAUCGACGAAAUUUUUAUCCAACAAAUAAUAAAGGAAUAUCAAAACGGAUUCUUUCUCGUUCAAUACAACAACAACAUGAUAAAGCACAAAAUGAGAAUUUAAAUUAUGAGAAUGGUUAUCAUAUGAAUGAUGAUGAAACUUCAUUUGAAUUUCGACAAGAAGACUUUCCAAGUCUUCCAAUGAAUAAUAAUCAACAAUCUGAUAAUAUUGUAGCUCAAUCAAUUACAUCGACAAAUACAAAACCAACAACUUCCUGGAAUACAAUUGUUUCUGCUCCACGACCACAUUCCACAUCUCCACAUUCAGUUACAAAUUCUUCAAAAUUAUCUGAAACUCAACAAACUGAUCGAAGUCAUUCAUCAAAUAAAAAAGUAGUAUUAAAUAAUGAACGAAAAUCUUCUAAUAAUAAAAAAUCUUCAUUACAAUCAAAAUCGAAAAUAUUAAAUAAUACUUCCAAACAAAUUCCUUUAAACGAACAACAACUUUCACAAUCGGUGACUAAUAAUGAUGAAUCAUUGAAUAAACAAGAUAAAAAAGUUGAUAAUACAAAAGAUGAUGGAUUUAUACAAACAAAACAAAAACAAAAACGUUCAGAACGACGAAAAAAUAAAGUAAAAGAAGAACAAUCAAUAAUAGUUGAAACAGUACCAUUUGUACUUGAUGAUGAAAAUGCAUUUCCCACAUUAGGCCAAGAUGUAUCUAUAUCAAUACCAAAAAAAUCCGAAAAUGAUUCUUCAACAAAAGAUAAAAUUUCUACUCCAGGAUUGAUUAUAAAAUCAAAGAUAAAAGCAAAUCAAACAUAUCAAAUAUGUUUAACCGAUAUGUUCAAUGCUUUAAGUACAUCAACACAAAUAAAACAAGAUAAUUCUCUUAAUAAAACAAAUAAAUCAUCAAUACAAACAGUAAAUACUGCUAAUCCACUUGAUUCAAAACCAGUACCAAAACGUGGAAAAGAACGUGAACAACCAAAACCACGUAAACCAACGAAACUUAAACGUAUUAUUAAUAAAGAACUUGAAGAAAAUCAAAAACAACGACAACAAUUACUUGUUAAAUCUACAACACUUAAACAAACUGAUGAAAAAGAUAUUCAAAAUGAAACUGAUACUAAUAAUCCUACUGUUAUUGAUGAGUAA